AGAGGGAGCUCCUGGAAAGGGCAGGCUUUCAUUCAGUAGAGAAACAUGUGCACUUCUCCCCACAUCCAGUUUCUGUAAACCCAGAGCCGAGAACAGUAUUGAUCACUGGCUUUCAAUGAGAGGAUUAAUGGGAAUUCACACAAGGGCUUGGACGUUUACCGGUGCACAAUUGGAACUUGGUGUUGCUGCAUAAUGGGCUACAAAGCGACAUCCAUGCGUUGUGUCUUAAGAUGCCUGUGCUUCGUGCUUCUCCAUUGGUUUGGUGCAGCUCAAGAUGACGACAUAAGAAGUUGUAGGACCGCGCCGUGUGAUCUGGUCUUCAUUCUAGACGGCUCAUGGAGUGUUGAAGACGUCAACUUUGAAAUAGUGAAGCGAUGGCUUGUGAACAUAACGACAAGCUUCAACAUUGGACAGAAGUUUACCCAGGUUGGAGUAGUCCAGUACAGCGAUGACCCCGUUUUAGAAAUACCUCUGGGGAAGUACUCCUCCAACAAGGCCCUCAUCAAGGCGAUGGAGUCCAUCGAGUACAUGGGGGGAAACACAAGGACAGGGACAGCCAUCAAGUUUGCUACAGACAAACUGUUUGGCCUCUCUGAGCGCGGCCCAGCUGGUGUUUCCAGAAUUGCUGUUGUCCUCACAGAUGGGAAGUCUCAAGAUGAGGUUCUAAAAGCAGCCGAGGCAGCAAGGAAAAAAGGAGUAAUUCUGUUCGCGAUCGGUGUCGGGUCAGAGACAGAGGAGGCCGAGCUGAAGGACAUUGCAAACAAGCCAUUUUCUACUUAUGUCUUCUCGGUUGAGGACUAUCGAGCCAUUUCCAGGAUUAUACAGGUCAUUCGACAGAAACUGUGUGAAGAGACGGUCUGUCCAGCCAGAAUUCCUGUAGAUUCCCGCGAUGAGAAGGGCUUCGAUAUCCUCCUCCAUUUAAAUUUGGCUAAAAAAGCUAAGAAGACACAAGGGGCUUUUUACGGCACCAAGGCCUAUGAAGUGACGCCUCGUGUCGACUUGAGUGAAGCUACACGGACCCUUUUCCCUGAUGGCCUGCCUCCAUCGUACGUUUUCGUGGCCACGCUGAGGUACAAAGGAUCGGUGGCAAUAGAGGAGUGGGACCUGUGGAGAAUACAGUCCCGAGAUGGGAAACCCCAGAUGGCCGUGACUCUAAAUGGCGCGGACCGCACCGUCAUGUUCACCACAACCAGCGAGGACCCGAGUGGAACCCAGACUGUCACAUUUUCGCAGCAGACAGCUAAGCUGUUUGAUGAGAAAUGGCACCAGCUACGGCUGCUGGUCACCGAGGAGGACGUUACGCUUUACGUUGAUGACCUGGAAAUUGAAACCUUAUCACUGGAGCCCUCUCUUGGCAUCUUCAUCAAUGGAAAAACCCAAGUAGGAAAAUACGUCAGAAAGGAAACAACAGUGCCAUUUGAAAUUCAGAAGCUGCGCAUCUACUGCGACCCUGAGCAGAAUACGCGAGAGACUGCGUGCGAAAUACCUGGAGUUUGCUCCAAUAGCCCCGAAUAUGUGGAACCAACUCAAGAACCCUGUGUUUGUCCUCCUGGACCGCCUGGACUUCCGGGAAUGAAGGGAGAACAAGGAAGCACAGGUGUUCCCGGUCAGCCUGGACCUGCUGGUGCUGAUGGUAAGCCUGGUAUCCCUGGGCUUAGAGGAAAUCCAGGCCUGCCAGGUUCACCAGGGACGGAGGGACCUCGUGGACCGGUUGGGUACAAGGGCGAACAAGGGAGGCCCGGUGUUUCGGGUGAGAGGGGCGUGCCUGGAAUACCAGGAUUGCCUGGAAAGCCAGGAGACAAGGGCUCACUGGGAUCGCCUGGAAUAGCAGGUUUACCGGGAACGCCAGGUCAAGUGGGAGAAAAAGGAAGUAUGGGACCUCCUGGGCCGUCUGGUUACCCGGGCAAACCUGGCCUACCUGGACGGGAAGGAAAGGAUGGAUUACCGGGGAGGUCCGGCCAAAAGGGAGAAGCUGGAGCCAUUGGCAUUCCUGGUGCUGACGGAAGACAAGGCCAUCCUGGUUUGCCUGGAUUGCCAGGAAUUGAAGGCCAUGAUGGACAAAAGGGGGAAGUAGGCGAGCCUGGACCGAGGGGCUUCAAAGGAUCAACUGGACCACCUGGUGAAAUAGGAUUACCUGGUACACCUGGUUUAAAAGGACCAGCUGGACUCAAGGGGAAUAAGGGUGAAAGUGGAAGUCCAGGCCUAAAAGGAACACCAGGGGUUGCGGGGAUUGCAGGGGUACCAGGAACAGCAGGUCAGCCAGGGCACCCGGGCAUGCCAGGCCCAAAGGGAAGCAAGGGACAAAGGGGGAAUACAGGUGAAAGAGGAGACAUGGGAGUGAAAGGCGAGCCAGGAGAGCCCGGUCGGCCUGGUGCUCAUGGAUCCACUGGUCCGGCGGGAACGAAAGGAGAGAAAGGGACAGCAGGGGACCCGGGGCAGAGAGGUCAGGAGGGUCAAGCAGGGCGGCCUGGACAGCCAGGGCAGUCGGGACCACCUGGCCAACGUGGGAUGCAGGGGGACCCUGGCCUUCCUGGCCCACCUGGACCUGAAGGAAGAUCUACAAGUGAAAUGUCGGACAAUCACAUUCGGCAAAUCUGCAGAGAGAUUCUUCAGGCUGAGUUGCCUUUAUUGUUGCUGAGCAACCAGCAGGGUAGUUGUACGAGAUGUCAAAGCCGGCCUGGAUCUCCUGGUCCACCAGGUCCAACAGGACCCCAGGGACUGAGGGGUCUUACUGGACUUAGUGGCUCUAGGGGACAGCCGGGCCUCCCUGGUCGGCCAGGGCACCCUGGGAUGAAUGGGCUCAAAGGAGAACCAGGUUUCAAAGGUGAUAGGGGGAGUCCUGGUCGGGUCACGCAAGGAGACCAAGGGCCACCCGGACUUCCAGGUCCAAUGGGUCCCCCUGGGUACAGUAGAGCAGGUCCUCCAGGUAAGCCUGGAUCACCUGGUCUAAACGGAGCAGAGGGUAAAAGUGGUAAUCCUGGCAUCCCUGGAGAGCCUGGGGUGUGCGAUCCAUCCAUGUGCUAUGGUAGCAUGAUGAGGCGGGACCCUUACAGCAAAGGCCCAAACUAUUGACGUGAUGCAGUGUCACUGCAGGCGCCGGUCUAGAGCUGAUAUGGAGCAAACAGCCAUUCUCAGGAAGAUCUCAUCUUUACAGUUACUCUCUGUCACGGAAACAAAACGUACCUCUUCUGACACCUGUUAGUGUUCUCAGUCAGCAUCACAGUUUCUCUGAUGGUAUUUUGUAUUAUUAUUCAGAUGUCUUUGAACAUGCUUUGAGGUUUGAUGGUGUUAAAACAACUGAUGACUGGCUCCAUUGAAUACCUCUCAUCAGAGAAUCUUGAACUCUUGUUCUUCGCUCUUGUACAGUAUCUCGGUGUGGCUGGUACACUUUCCUAUACUGCCCCCUGGUGUUGCUUCGCUGCAUGUCGCUCUUUCCAUUUUCUCUACACAUUGGGGUUGGUGCUAUUAUGUUAAGAAAAACUCGAGUAAUGUUACUUAUUAAUUACAUGUGUAUUGAAUCAUUUUCUUGAAAUGUAUUUCUGAAAUUGGCACAAAACUGUGAGUCUGACUUCCCCUGAUUAUGAGCCUGUCUUCUUAAAGCAUUCAGUUUGACUGUUGAGCAUAAAAACCUUCUACAGCAGCUAUCAUCAUGUAUCGCCCACUCUAAAUUAACACUUCCCCCUCCUCAUACCACAAUACUCAUUCAUUCACAUGUCAUAUUUUUAUACUUAAGUAGGAUGUAAAAUGUUUAAGGAUUCGCCGUCUGUGAACAUGCUGACGUUUCAGUUCUUACAUUUAAUGUCACCUAUGGUCCCCCGGGCUUGCCCUUUUAUUACUGUAGCAGGCAUUUCAUUGUUAUUUAUAAAAGAUUAACUGUGUAUUUCAGCAGUGACAUGUCUUAAACGGCUUUUGUAAUUUCAUGGUUUUGUUUGGUUAAGGUGACUUUUGUAUGUUUUUUUUUUUUCAAUCAUUAAGAAUUAAAAUAUCUUAGUGAUUUGUGGA